AAAUUUAUUAUCAUCAUUACACUUUAUUUGUUCCCCUUCUCCAGUUUCUGUUUAACUGUUAAAAAAAAACACCAAACCAAACCAAACACAACCAUCAAUCUCAAUCUUUCCUACAUACCCAAAUCAUCAAAAAGUUGAGAAAUUUCACAAUCAAUGGCUCAGCCUAUGCCAAACUGAAACGUUAAUCGAGUUGAGAAAUUUCAUAAAUUCAGCCACUGAAUUUACUUUCUAGUGUUGAGUUUGAUUAAGAGAGUAGUUCAGCAACACAGUUGGUUAGCUAUGGAAGCCAUAAAAAAGCAGGCUGCCAGACUUAGAGAGCAAGUUGCCAAGCAGCAACAGGCAGUAUUGAAGCAUUUGGGACAUUUUGGUAAUGAAGCAGUUGUUGUUGAUGAUGCUGAAUUUCAAUGUCAUCAGCAACUUCAGAAUCUCUAUAAUUCCACUAGAGCUGCUAAGCAUUUCCAGAAGCAUAUUGUUCGUGCCAUUGAAGGUCUUUUAACUGCAAGUUCAAAACAAAUGGAGAUAUCAAGAAAAUUGGCUGAAGAUUGUUGCAAUUAUGGAGCUGAUACUGAAACAACGAAUCUUCAUCUUGCAAGAGCUGUUCUUCAAUUUGGUACCUCGCAUAAUUUAAUGGAGAAUGAGAGGGAAACUUUGCAUGGGAUACUUGGUGAUCAGGUUUGUGAGCCUCUUCGAGCAUUAGUAACCGGAGCUCCUCUAGAGGAUGCUCGCCAUUUAACUCAUCGUUAUGAAAAGCUUCGGCAAGAGGUUGAAGCCCAGAGAGCUGAAGUACUGAAACGUCGAUCAAAGACCAGGGAAUCUGAUAUAUCUGCAGAGAAUAGCCUGAAACUUCGAAAUGCAGAAGCAAGACUGACAGAGCUUAAAACAACAACAAUCGCACUUGGGAGAGAAGCAACUGCUGCCAUGUUGUCAGUUGAAAAUCAGCAGCAACAGAUUACUGUUCAGCGUCUUUUUACUAUGGUAGACGCUGAGAGAUGUUAUCAUCAACAUGUUCUUGCUGUCUUGGAUAAGUUGCAUGCUGAGAUGAUGUUGGAGGAGCAGUUAAAUAAUUCUUCUUCAAAAUCAAUGACCAUUCACGAAAACGUGAGUGCCUUGUCCCCGCCUCUACAUCAGGAUGCUACUUCAAAUGGAUCUAAGGAUCAGAUACAUAAUCAGAAGGAUACAUUUUUCAUAGCCAAAGUUAUACACUCAUUUGAUGCUCAAGCAGAAGGAGAGUUAACUCUAUGCCUUGGUGAUUGUGUUGUAGUCCGGCAGGUGGCUCCUACAGGGUGGUCUGAAGGAGAAUGCAAUGGUAAAGCUGGAUGGUUUCCAUCCGCAUAUAUAGAAAUACCGGAGAUUAAGAUAAGUGAAGAACAACGUUAAGAGGCUGCUCGGGUUAGCUAUUAAUUGUUGCUGUUAGAGCUGUUGAUAAAUCUAACAACCCAUAGAAAUAGCUCUAUUUUGGAGUUUCGUUUCAACCGUUUGAUCAGCUUCCAGUAACGGUGACAACUAAAACAAAAAGGCGAUCACUUUACGAAGGAAUGUAUAUUUUGUGAUGCUGCAUGAUUGUCAUGUGAUGUGAAUACAGUUAUAUGAAUCGGUUCAGGUAGUGCCACUUAUUUUAGUUUGGCAUGAUAGUUUAUAGUAAGGUUUUUCUGUAUUUAUAUCUAUGUAUGAAAAGAAGGGUAAUACGAAGCUUGUAGUUUCUAUACUA